GGUUGGGUCAGGUUGUGGGUUAACCUAUAAAAACCAACCCAACCCGCCCAACCCAACUCGAACUUAAAAAAAAUAAUAAUAAUAAAUAAAUGCGUAAAUGGCUAAUCACUCAGUCACUCCCAAAUCCAAAAGAAGCCCUAAAAUUUCUCUAUUCCCUCCCCCUCCCCCUCCCCCUCGCUUUCGCUCUCACUCAAGCUCCGAAAGCUUGCGAAUAAUUGUACUGGAUUGUAAGGGUUCAUGGUGUUCCAUGCUGUCGGUGGGGGCAUUGGAUCUGGACUUGAAUCUUUUUUGCUUGAGAGGCUUUCUGUUGAAUGAUAAAAAAUCAAAGUUGGGGUUCACUAUUUACCCAUCCUCGCAAGUUUCGACUACUGUGGUUGAGCCAUACAACUCUGUUCUCUCGACCCACUCUUUGUUGGAGCACACUGAUGUUGCCGUGCUUCUUGACAAUGAGGCGAUCUAUGAUAUUUGCCGCAAGUCACUUGACAUUGAGAGGCCAACAUAUACUAAUCUGAAUAGACUCAUCUCUCAGGUGAUCUCUUCUUUGACUACAUCUCUGCUAUUUCUUCUUUGCUAACACUAUUUAAUGAUUUGGAGCAUUUUGUAUUGAUGAAAUUUUUUUACCUUAUAAGCUCCAAUCCCGUCCCACUAUUAGAUAAUUUUGUGAGAAACCAACUUCUAAAUUGGUUGUGAUUUCUGCUCUUUAGUGUCUUAGUUGAAUUUUUUCUAUGCUGUGGUAAUUAGUUUUGUAAAUUUUGACUAUAUUAGUGAUGCUUUACACCCAAAAAUGAAUAACUUUAAUCUUUA